GGGGGACGUUUAUCCGACCGGCACGAGCUUUGAUUUGAUGCGAAGCGACGCGACAUCUCAGUCAGAGGUGGGACAGUGGAGAUGAUGCACGAGCGGAGCGACGCCCUCUCUCAUUGAUGGAUGUCCUAAAGGAGACCGGUCUCCUUGUACCGGCUUUGAAUUCAAUGCAGACCGGUGCGUUGGACCAGACCGAUAAGGCAAAAAAUCUGAUAUCUGGAUCAUGUGAGCUGAGAGGUAAUCUAAAGCUGUAUGGCGCUGCAGAUAACACCUUCCCCCUAUCCUCCUCGGUUGCUGUAUUGAGUGCCCAAAGAGGUGGUUCAGAUGGCCACAGAGUAGCACUGGCAUUAAGAGAGUACUGUCUCCCAAGCCUACCCUCACCACAGACUCUAACUGAGACUCCUGAGCAGCCCACUGAUGAAUCCAGCAGCUGUGCCAUAUCCCUCACAGCUUGUGUUACCAAGGAUGUAAAUCCCUGGUCCCUGUCAGAGGACAGUAAUAAACCACCCCUCAACAUGAUGGAGCCAAUGGGCAUGUCUGAGAUGGCAGAGGACUGCCUAAUCCAGCAAAGCCGCACUUGCCUGGGCUGCAUCAUUGAGACCAAGGAUGCACUGGCUAAUGAGCCCAUUAUCAACUUAAAAAUGACUGACAUGAAUCGUGAGUAUGAUACUUGCUCCAUCUCAAACAUGCAGUGUAUGGGCCUCAGUGAAACAGGCAAUUGCUCAGAGCAAAUUCUGGCUGAUCAGCUUUUGAGCUUUCCCAUGCCUAAAUCUCAGAUGGGGGAGAAAAAGAAUUUAGAUAAAACAGAAAAUGACCCAGAUCAGUCAUCCAGAAACAUUUAUGAAGGCCUUCUACUGGACAAAUGCAAUGGAGAGGAUGGUCUGCUCCCCAGUUCAAACCAGGACUGGGGUUACAUCGAGUCGUUUAUUACUGAGAGCAAAAUGGAGUUGCUGGACCUAUGUUCCAAAAAUGAGCUCUCAGUAAACCUUUUCUCGGAGGAGGAUGUGGAUAACUAUAUGUUUGACGACGAUGAUGAUUCUGCCCUGAGCACUGACAUGUGCUCACUGAAAAUCCGCUACGAGUCUUUCCAGGACAACAUGAGGGAAAAGACGAAUGUCCUGCAGGAGGAAACACAGUUUAACUUUUUUCCCAGUGUCCUGGUAAACUCCACGAAAAUAGAGGGUAGUGUGGUAAAGAAGAGUGCAGACGACCUCUUAUCUAAACCUGAAGACCUUGCAUUAGAGAAUGAACAUAAAGAAAAUAGCAGUGAUAGCUCCUUAGAGAGGGCAUCUGAUUACAGUCCAAAAAUUAACUACGUUAUCGAUUCUAGCAACUCAACUGAAGACUCGGAGGACUACAGUGAUGACAGCUCUAGCACUGUGUCCUCCAUUGACAUUUUUCAUGAGAGCAAAGAGAGAACCUUGUUUUCACGAAAGAAUGUUUGCUCUUCCAACCCCCUGAACUAUGGACUAAGAGCGAAAAGAAAAGUCAGGUACAGUGACGACUACCUUUAUGACGUUGACUCCAUCGAAAGUGAAAAAAACAAUGAAAAGCGUGAACAAGCACCUUCCGGUCCAAGACAGGACGAGGAUGAUGACUGGUGCCCUAAAAAGAGAAGAAAAUCUUCCCGCAAAGAGCCGCCCGUGAUAAUCAAAUAUAUUAUCAUCAACAGGUUCAAAGGAGAAAAACACAUGUGCGUAAAGCUCGGCAAAACUGAUCCAACAGUCACGACUGUAAGUUUAAACGAGAACGCAGUUAGUGAAUAUGAAAAACUGGCUCCUCUGAAGGAUUUCUGGCAGAAGAAACAGAGGGAGCAUGAAGAACAGCUUAGACUGCAUGCAGAAGAUCGACACAAUUUUCAUCUUAAUGGCCGGAAUCGACCGUUUAGUUCUAGCCCUCCCAAAAGGAAAUACAAGCUAGCAAACAGACUUAGGAUUCAGAGGAUUCAAGCCGUGCUGCAAUCACCCCACAAACAGGGCUUCUCUUACUCUGACCUAAGGCAGGAAUCUGCCUCUAAAGAAGACACAGCUCCCAGAGAAAGACCGUUAACAAUAUCCAGCCCCAGUUGUUCAAGUACAUUAGGUCCGAACGACAUCAUACAAAUCGUUACCCCAAAAAGCAGAUCACAAGAGAGGGAGGAGAGGAGAAUAGGAAAUAAAAUGGUUAGAAUCCGGAAAUUCAAAAGCGAAGCAAGGCUCAGAAGCGAGAAAAUGAAGAAAUUUGAAGAGAACUGUGAAAGCAAGACAAACAAGACUGAAGCAUGUGCUGUGGCAGAAAACAAGGACACAGUAGGGGGUGGGAAUGAAACAGAGAUCAACUCAGCUGCACACAGUCCUCAGAGUCAAACAGCUGAGACCACUGAAAAAAUAGUUUUCAUGUCUGACACAUGCUCCUAUAACAAAGCUACAUCAUCUGAUGAUGUGGCCACAGGUAUGUCUGUUAUCCCUGGUGGCUAUCUGCAGACAUUGUUGGAAGCCUCAGACUCCUUGGGUGGCUCUGGCGCCACCUUUUUUCCUCAGCAGAACCCUAGGCAACAAUCUCUGGGUCUGUCUCUGGAAGAGCAGCAAUUUGCUUCUCUUCAGCUGGCCCAAAGCUGUGUACUCUCCCCACCCUCUGAAUCGGAGCUCCAACAGUCUCCUCAGAACUGCCCGAGUCUCACUCAAAUGUGGCACACCCAGCUUGACCCAAAUCAGCAGUUCACUACUGAUAUCCCUGAGACAGCAGUCUUACCCAACAACUUCCCUAGUACCAUGUCUUUGCCAAUCUCAGCGAACCUUGCAGUUCCAGGGUACAGUCAGUUGGGGCUGGACACCAAUAGAAUGCUUUAUGAAAAAAAUUACAUGCCUGAGCAGGCACUGCCACCUGAUUCAGAUUUCCAAGCAUGUCAAGUUCCCAGCAUGGAAGGCCAGCUCCAGGUUCAAAGAGGGACACUGCACAGUGACAGUGGAAGGCUCAUCAGUUUCGACUCAGUUGGCUCGUUGUCAGCUACUUCCAGCAAUUACAGCUCUCUAAGUCUCAAGUCUUGUGAGAAAGAUGGCGAGAAUAAUGUGAACGAGAAUUUUCUGGCUCACUGCAGUCCCAAACUGGUGAUUCAGCAGAGCAUUGAUGCAAUCACGCCAUUGAGGGAGUCAACAGACUUGCUAGAUAUCUCCAACUUCACUCCUGAUAAAUUCAGACAUGCAUCACUGUCAGAGCUCUCACCUCCUGAGACACCCAACUUGUCCCCGCAGGUCACAUGGCGAGAGUUGAAGAUAUUGGGAAAUCCCAAGGUUCUCCAGAAUGGGUCUGAGCUGACACUGGAGGGAGCUCAAGAGGUGAAAUGGAAUUGCAACAUGAUAGAACACCAAGAACACCUGGCUGGAUUCGCAGUAGAUAAUCACCAGUAUCAGUCGCACAGUUCUAGUAAUGACAACCAUAUAAGCCUGGAAAAGAAGUCAAUAAAAGAAACUGACUUUGAUGAGCAUGGUCCUGACAUGAUCAGUGGGAAAAAGGGCUCAAAGAGGAAAAGCGGCAACAAGCAAACUUCAGGACAAAGUGCUAAAAAAAGCAAAGCAACCAAACCAAAAGCUGCAAAGGGAGAGAAGGUCAAGACCCCACGACAAAAUUCGCGAGCAUCCAAAAAGCUGAAAGCCUUACUGGAUGAAAAGACUAAAGGUCAUCUCGAGGACUCAAAGUGUAUGACACACCAGCUGACCGAUAGCAGCUCUGAGGACUGGCCAGGAAUAGGCUGGUCAGAGACCAAGAGUUACACAGAUGACCAGCGAGAGUUUGAAGAGCCAUCCAACAUCCUCUCUAACAUAGUAUCAGGGAUGGCCGAAGUGCAGCGUUUCAUGAUGACCUCGAUCGAGCCAAUAUGGGGUCCUGCAACAGACAUCUGUUUACCCUCAGAGGCAAACAGUCUAAAGUUAAAGACUCUCAAAAUCCUGGCAGGAACCUCAUCUGAGCCCAAGAAAAAAGGUGCCGUGUCAGCUGAAGGUACAAAAGGCAAGAAAGGAGGGGGAGGGGGAAAAUGUGGCAAAAAUCAAACUAAGUUCAAUGCCUCUCAUCCACUUUUCCCCCAGUUGACUCUGGGCUGUAACAUGUUCGAUAAGUCUAAUCUUGGAGUACCAGGCACAAAUGGACCUGCACACAAAAAAAUGUACCGUCACAAAACCAGCGCGAAAUUCCCUCGGAUUGAAAACGUUAAAGGCAAGCGGGCUGAUCCAAAUAAGGACAUAGCAUUGAUGACCUCAUUUGAAAAACUGAGGUAAUAUUUUGUAACUAGCUGCUGAUGCACGUUCCUCACUUUCCCCCACUUCCUGCUCAGCCCUUAGUCCCUGGCAUACCCGCACUGACUCAAAGCCAGAGAUGCAUGGAAUUACCCUUGACCCCACCCUCCUUAUUUUGGCCCUCUGAAGAAGAUAUAGAUAUCUUGCAUGAGAAACUACAUGUACUUACAAACUACCUAUUGAGUGAUUGUGCAAGGCUUGAUUGAGAUUUUAACCUACCAUGGCUGCAUUUUCUUCAUGCUUUUGCAAUUUUUUCCUUGUAGUUGUUUUGGUUAUUUUUGUCUGAAGAUAAAAAAAAAAAGAAAAAAAAAGAAAAACACCUUCAUAAAUGCAAUGUGUCUUCUUGGGAGCCAUUUUUUAAAAGUGAAAUUUGCUACCCUAAACAUGUGAUAUUAUACUUCUUUGUUUGAAACGUAGCUAUUUGGAUUUAAAAAAAAAAAAAUGCUGUUGUGUAAAGUAAGCUCCAUAAUUAGAUUUUGUAUGCAAAACAGGAUGACCUCGUCUUGCUCUCUCCCUCAAACUGCCUGACUUUUUCAAUCGAAAAUGCUCAUCCUGCUAGCUUGGAUAAGCGACAUCCUUUGUAGGCCCUAAAAACAUCAAUAGCACAUAUUUGGGACCAUUUUGUAUCAAAGACAUAUCAGAUUAAUGUUUUGUCCUAUUUUUUCUUACUGAUGGCUUGGAAUUAUAAUUUUAUUCUUAUGCUUUUACUAUGCUUUUACAGGAGUAUUACUGGAACUUAUCUUAGAGGGACAUUUCUAAGCCAUGGAAACUCACUUUUUCGGGUGUCCCUGUACAGAAAUGCACUAUUUAAUGACAACAUGAAUUCUAAAGAUCAAUGUGCCAAAUGUAAACUCUGUGCAAAUUUAUUAUCAAUAUAAAUACUGGCUCUUGAAUUUUACUAUUCAUAAGAAGUUUGGCCAUACCCUUUUCAAGACUGAGAGUUAACAUUCCAGAUUUUUCCUCUUUCCUUUUGGGAUCCUAUAUUGUGAAGAGCACCUGCAGCUGACAGUGGUACAUAGCCACUCACAUAACCAAAACAGCGAGACUGAACUGUUCUUUUUUUUGUUUUGUUUUUUUGUUUUUUUCCACUGACUUGCCAAAAUCAAUUUACCUCAGCAUUAUGUGGCUUUGAAAAUAAAGACAAACAAGAAAUGAUGAAAAGCACAGAAGAAGAUAUGGACGCUGUCCCUUCUGGGUAGACAAGGACACCAUACUGACAUUAAAGGGUGAGCAUGGUAAUGAUUAUUUGAUUCCUUUUACUGAAAUGAAUGGGAAUGCUCGUUUCAAGUUAUUUCAAAUGAGUGCUGAAAUUAAAAGGAAUACUUUGGGAGAAAUGCACAUAAUUCACAUACGUUUCUACAUGCCUCCAACGCAAGAAGGAUUAGUCAGUCAAUUCAGGAAAGAUAAAAAUGUACAAAAAUCUUAAAAUAUUUUGGUAGUCAGAUUCUGCUUCAGGAACUACAUGGCUAACAAACGCAUAAUGGAAGUACUGAUUUACGAAGGUCCGAAAGGCCAUCCAUUUUUUUUUUUCUUUCCUCCAAAUGAUCUCAAGAUAAAGACGACUUAUUCACAUAAUCAUGAGGUAGCGAAUUGUUUUCUAUCGAGACAAUGAACUGGUCAGGUAGACUUGGAGAUACAUUUAUAGGAGAUUUCUUACAAAUCUUUCAGUCAAAGGGUGGCACAGUAGCACAGCGGGUCGCGUUGCUGCCUCUCAGCCCCAAGGUCCUGGGUUCGAGUCUGUGCUUGGGUUACCGUCUGCAUGGAGUUUUGUGUCGGGUUUCCUCCUACUUCUCCGAAAACAUGUAGGUAGGCAGAUUAGUGAUACUAAAUUGCUCCAAGGUGUGAAUGUGCAUGCAUGGUAAACUGCAUCUUCUUGUGAUACAGUUGUGGGAGCUUUAUGCGUUAACAAUGUUAAACACAACAAACUUUUUUUUAUAGCCAGUUAUCCUACACAGCAAACGCUUGAAGGGCGGUAUAUAGAAAGCUAGACGCGAGUUGGUUGAAAAUAUAGUUUGAACAUUAUUUUAAAGUACAUGCUUAUUUUGUUAUCGGUGACAUUGUCAUAUAAAAAAUUAUUAUUUAGCCAAGGUCAAGGUGUCUGAGGACAUGGGCAUGCGUUUUUACCUUAAUUGGUCGAUUGUGGGCGGUAGUAAUUAAUGAUCGUAAACUUCUACUACUUAUUAGCGACAUUAGCAUUAUACCAAUGCAAAGCUGUGUAAGGCAUUUACGGUGUUUGAAAUUUGAAAUGUAUGUUCAGGUUCAUAAGUAGUUGGACAAUGACGCAAUUUUUGUUAUUUUGCCUCUGUACACCACCACGAUGGAUUGAGCAAUCAAGAUGUGAAGUGUAGACGUUCAGCGUUAAUUCACGGAGUUUAAUUCAAGUACAGCUAUUUUUUUUUACAUAGUCCCUUCAUUUUCACAGGAUCAAAAGUAAUUGGACAAACUAACAAUUAUAAGUAUAAUGUUGAGGUCAUGUGGUGGACUCAUUUAAGAACAUUCCAUUUCUUUGCCUUAAGAAACUCUUGGGUUGCUUUCGCUGUAUGUUUUGCGUCAUUAUACAGUACUAUCAGUUUUGCAGCAUUGGACUGAAUCUGAGCAGAAAGUAUAGCUCUAUACACGUCAGAACACAUUCAUCCUGCUACUUCUGUCAGCAGUUGCAUCAUCAAUAAACACAACUGACCCAGAUCCAUCGGCAGCCACGCAUGCCCAUGCCAUUACACUGCCUCCACCAUGUUUGACAGAUGAUGUGGUAUGCUUUGGAUCAUGAGACUUUCCUUUCUUUCUCCCAUCACUCAUCACUUUCACUCUUCUCUUCCCAUCAUUCUGGUACAAGUGAAAUCUAAAUUUCAUUUUCCCAAGAAUCUUGUUCCAGAACUGGGCAGGCUUUUCUAGAUGUUCUCUAGCAAAAUCUAAUCUGGCCUUUCUGUUCUUGAGUGCUACCGGUGGUUUGCAUUUUGAGGUAAACCCUUUGUGUUUACAUUCGUGAAAGCGUCACUUGAUUGUAGACCUUGACAGUGAUACGCCUACCUCCUCGAGAGUGUUCUAGACUUGGCUAGAUGUUGUGAAGGGGUUUUUCCUUCACCGAGGAAAGAAUUCUGCACCUUAGUUGUCUUCCGUGGUCUUCCGGGCCUUUUGGUAUUGCUGAGCUUGCCAGUGUAUUCCUUCUUUUUAAGAAUGUACCAAAUUGUUGAUUUGGCCACUCCUAAAUAUUCUGCUAUUUCUCUGAUAAGUCUGUAUUUUUUUUUCCCUUCAGCCUAAUGAUGGCCUCCUUCACUUGCAUCGACAUAUUGGACCGCACAUUGAGAGUUCCCAUAAAUGCAAAUUCACCUAAUGCAAAUUCAACACUUUGAAUCAACUCCAGACCUAUUAUUUCUUUAAUUUCUCAUGAAAUAAUGAGGAAACAGGCCACACCUGGCCAUGAAACUGCUUAUCAGUCAAUUGUCCAAUUACUUUUGAGCCUGGGAAAAUGGAGGGACUCUUUAAAAAUGGCUGUAAUUCCUAAAUUGUUAAUGCAAUAUUUUUGUUAAACCCCUUUAUUAAAGCUGGAAGUCUACAUGUCGAUCACAUACUGAUUGCUUCAUUUCUAAUCCGUUGUGGUGGUGUACAGAGGUAAAAUUACGAAAACUGUGUCGCUGUCCAAAUACUUAUGGAUCUGACUGUAUGUGAAUUAGAUUUUUCCCUAUGUUGCAUAUUACAUAUCGAACACAUUAUAUGGUGAAAUAAUAUCAAUAUCCAGCCAUUUAAAUGGUCAUCAUCAUACAUACAAUCUCCUCCGGAACUAUUGGGACGGCAAGGACAAUUCAUUUGUUUGUGCCAUACACCAAAGACAUUUGGGUUUGAGAUCAAAAGAUGGAUAUGGGACGAGCGUUUAAAAUUUCAGCUUUUAUUUCCUUGUAAUUACAUCUAGAUGUGUAAAACAACAUAAAACAUAGAACCUUUUGUAUCAGACCACACAAUGUUUAGGCAAGCAAAAGUAUAGGAACAAAUAACUAUUAAAGUAAAUAACACUUAAUAUUUGCUUGCAUAUCCGUUGCUUGCCAUCAAGCUUGUGACUCAUUGACAUCACCAAAUUGCUGGAUUCUUCUUCUGUGCUUUUCCAGGCUUUUUCCGCAACAUCUUCAGGGCAGUGGUGGCUCAACGGUUCAAGUCCCAGCACCACCAAGCUGCCAGUAUUGGGCCCUUGAACAAGACCCUUAACCCUAUGUGCUCCAGGGGCGCCGUAUCAUGGCUGACCCUGUGCUUUGACCCCAACUUCCUAACAAGCUGGGAUAUGUGAAGAAAAGAAUUUCACGGUGCUGUACUGUAUAUGUGACAAAUAAAGGCUUCUUCUUCUGCUUCUUUCAGUCGCUGUUUGUUUUGGGGGGUGUCUCCCUUCAGUCCUCUCUUCAGGAGGUGAAAUGUUGCUCAAUUGGGUGAAGGUCUGAUAAUUGUCUUGGUCAGUCUAAAACCUUCCACCUUUCCCCCCUGAUAAAGUCCUUUAUUGAGUUGGCAGUGUGUUUUGGAUCCUUGCCUUGCUGCAUGAUAAAUUUCCUCCCGAUUCAUUUGGAUUUCUCUGUAAAUUGGCAGACAAAAUGUACCUGUAAACUUCUGAAUUCAUUCUGCUGCACCCAUGAUGAGUUCCAUCAUCAGUGAAGAUGAAUGUGAGCCUGUUCCACAAGCAGCCGUGCAAGCCCAAGCCAUGACACUACCUCCACCAUGUUUCACAGAAAAGCUUGUAUGUUUUUGAUCAUGAGCAGAUCCUUUCUUUCUCCACACUUUGACCAAUCCAUCACUUUGGUAGAGGUUAAUCUUGGUUCCUUUGCGAUUUCCAAUCUGGCUUUCUGAUUCUUACUGCUGAUGUCUGGUUUGCAUCUUGCUGUAUGGCCUCUUUAUUUCUGCUUUUGAAGUCUUCUUCGAACGGUGGAUUGUGAUACCUUCACCCCUGCCCUAUGGAGGUUGUUGGUGAUGUCACUGACUGUUCUUUUUCGGUUUUUCUUCACAGCUCUCAGUGUGUUUCUGUCAUCGGCCGACCCAUUAGGUGUCUGUUUCUCAAUACACCAGUGGUUUCUUUCUUUUUCAGGACUUUCCAAGUUGUUCUUUGGCUAGUCCCAAUCUUUGUGCAACACCUCUGAUCGAUUUCCCCUCUUUUCUCAGCUUCGAUAUAGCUCGCUUUUCUCCCAUAGACAGCUCUCUGAUCUUCAUGUUGGUUCAUCCUUUUUAACAACAGACGCAGUCUUCACAGGUGCAACCGAAUUCUAAAACCAAGAGUAGAUGUUCAGAGAUAUUUAUUGUUUAAACAAUCAAUCUAACAGGACACACCUGGGUAAUAUGGAACACCGGUCAGUCAUAUGUUCCAAUACUUAUGCUCGCCUACAAAUUGGAUGGUCUGAUACAAAAUGUGCUAUAUUUUAUGUCAUUUAACACGUCUACAUAUAAAUAUCAGGAGAUAACAGCUGAUAUUCUAAACUCCUCACAUUCAUCUUUUGAUCUCAAACCCAAAUGUCUUCACUCUACAACAAAACAAAUGAAUUGGCCUUGCCAUUCCAAUACACAUACACACACACACUUGUACCUGAAAUAUUUUGCCAUUACUGAUUUUUCCCAGUGAUUACUGAAGUACAUUGCACUUACUGCCUGCAUUUUGUAUAUCUGAAUGGAAAUAUUGUGCAGUAGGUGUUGGAAUUAUUAGGUAAAUGUGCCUUUGUCUGGAAUUUCAACUGUGAAGGUUUCACUCAUAAAUGCUUACUGGAAACAGGUCACACUUGUUAACAUCUAUGAAUGUCAAGAAAUUUGCUUGCUGUAUAGGAGAUGCUGCAUUUGGGGAUUCAGUUCUUUUGUGUACUGGCUAACUAAGCCAAGAACCAGGACCUAUUUCUACAUAUGUACAGAUAUAUUCACUAAUAUUCUAGUUUGGAUAGUACGGAAUUAAUCACUGAACUUGAAUGAUCCAUUUAACACCCAACAGCCACUUUAUUAGGAACGCUUGUACUUCUGCUUAAUCAUGCAGUUACCCAGUCAGCCAAUCAUGUGGCAGCAGCACAAUGCAAAAUGUCAUACGGAUUCUUUUUUCAUACGGGUCAAGAGAUUCAGUUAAUGUUCACAAAAUCCCAGGAGAUUCUGCAGUUUCUGAAAUACUCAACCCGUCUGGCACCAAAAAAGCCAUUUUCAAACUCACUGAGAUGACUGAGAUUCGUCCCCCACUCUGUUGUUAGAUUUAAAUAUUAACUACAGCUCUUGAUCUCUAACGUCUUAGUUUUAUGCAUUGUGCUGCUGAUACGUGAUUGGAUGACCUGCACACAAUACAGGUGUUCCUAUUAAAGUGGCUGGUGAGUAUAUGUCCAUGUUGUAUUUGUUCACAUCUGAUUUAAAAGUGAACAUUCUUGAAAAUAUUUUCGAGGUUUGAAAGGACAUGGAAAAUGCAUUAAAGCCUAAAAGUACUGUAUGUUCAUUCAUUACUGCAGCACUUCAACAUAACAUUUUUUCUCAGUUUUGCUCUAUGUCCUUUUGCCUCCCUCCAUUCUGUCUAGCAUGCCAUAAUUAAGGUCCAGGACAUGCUGGUGAUGGAAAAAAAGAAAAAGAAAAAAAAAAAACACUGCACAUGGGCUGUCAUGCCCUCUUGCCUGCCUUCUUUCAUUUCUGCCUAUUUUCAAUUGAAUGUACUUCUCUGAGAUUUGUACAGUGUGCCACUGUUGAGCUGCCUCUUCUUUACUGGUGCUAAGAAAGCAAAUGUUGUCCUCCCUGAUAUGACUAUAUCUAAAUAUAUAUAGUUAUAAACCAGACAAAAACCCCUAAUCCUCUCUUUAUGAAUGUAUAAUAUAUGGUUAUGUUUGAUGUAUCCACACCAUAAUUAUUUGACGUUAAUUGGAUUACUUUUUGAUUUAAAAAAAAAAAAAGAUUAUUGAGCUUUAUAAAUAUUGUCUAGAGUUGAUAUUAGAGGGAUUCUUAACAAACUCUUGACAUAACAAAAAAUACUGUAUAUUUUUCUCCGUGCCAAUUUGUAACAUAUUUUGUAAGUGUAUAUUUUUCUUAGAAAGUGCUGUGAAGUAUUAGUAUGUGUGAGUAACCUUUUUUGUGCCUAUGCAGGCAGUGAAAAGGAUGGAUAAUAAAAAGGUUUCUGGUUUUAAAAACCAAAAUAUCAAGUAACCUAAAAAAAAAAAUUCAAUAAUAAAAAAAAUGAUCGACAUUUUUGUUGGGAGUUUUGUACGACGAAAUCGACCUUGUUGUGGGAGUAUUGUGUUACUGUGAAAAACACAAAUACAUAAUUGAAGAAAAACGAAGACAAAAAUCUAAUUUGUGAACUAUUUGCUGUUUUAUAGAUUUUUUCAUGUAAAUUAUUCUAGUAUUUUUUGGUUUAUGUUGUAACUGUUGCAAAAGUUUUAAAUAUUUGUGAACCCGCCUGUAUGGUGACAAUGUAAUAUUGGUAACUUGCUGAGUUUUGUAAUAAUGUUUAUGGAGUAAAUAUACAAAUUAAAAUGAGAUUUUG